ACCACACCACUCAGCUCUGCUAGGGUUUCGCUCUCCGGAGCCUUUUUUUCUUAUAAUCGGAAAACCAAAACUUUAACCGGAAAAUUCAAACCGAAACAGCCUAGGGUUUCCAAUUCGCGGCCAUGGAAGACGAUCCUGAGUACGAAGAGCAGUACAACGCCGAGGACGACGAAGAUGAGAUAACGCAGGAAGACGCCUGGGCUGUGAUUUCGGCCUAUUUCGAAGAGAAAGGUCUAGUGAGGCAGCAGCUCGAUUCGUUCGAUGAGUUCAUUCAGAACACAAUGCAGGAGAUCGUCGACGAGGCCGCCGACAUCGAAAUCCGACCCGAAUCGCAGCAUAAUCCGGGUCACCAGCCCGAUUUCGCUGAGACUAUAUACAAAAUUAGCUUUGGUCAGAUUUAUCUGAGUAAGCCUAUGAUGACUGAAUCGGAUGGUGAGACCGCCACGCUGUUUCCGAAGGCGGCGAGGCUGCGAAACCUGACGUAUUCAGCGCCGCUGUAUGUGGAUGUGACUAAGAGGGUUAUAAAGAAAGGACAUGAUGGUGAGGAGGUCACUGAGACUCAGGAUUUCACCAAAGUGUUUAUUGGCAAGGUUCCGAUUAUGCUUCGGUCGAGUUAUUGUACAUUGUAUCAGAAUUCGGAGAAGGACUUGACAGAGCUGGGGGAGUGUCCAUAUGACCAAGGAGGGUAUUUCAUUAUCAAUGGGAGUGAGAAGGUGUUGAUUGCUCAGGAGAAGAUGAGCACAAACCACGUUUAUGUCUUUAAGAAGAGGCAGCCUAACAAGUAUGCGUAUGUUGGGGAGGUGCGGUCUAUGGCCGAGUCCCAAAACCGACCCCCCAGCACCAUGUUUGUUCGUAUGCUUUCCCGGACCAGCUCCAAAGGGGGGUCUUCAGGACAAUAUAUUCGUGCGACUCUUCCGUAUAUUCGAUCUGAAAUUCCCAUCAUUAUUGUCUUCCGUGCUCUCGGAUUUGUCGCAGACAAAGAUAUUUUGGAGCACAUAUGCUAUGAUUUUUCUGAUACGCAAAUGAUGGAGUUGCUUCGUCCUUCCUUGGAAGAAGCAUUUGUUAUUCAGAAUCAACAGGUGGCUCUAGAUUAUAUUGGGAAAAGAGGUGCGACAGCUGGUGUGCCCAGAGACAAGAGGAUAAGGUAUGCGAGAGAUAUUCUUCAAAAGGAAAUGCUUCCACAUGUUGGUACUGGGGAGUUCUGUGAGACCAAGAAAGCAUACUAUUUUGGAUACAUCAUUCACAGGCUUCUAUUGUGUGCACUUGGUCGGAGGGCAGAAGAUGAUAGGGAUCACUAUGGCAACAAGAGGCUGGAUCUUGCUGGCCCCUUGCUCGGAAGCUUGUUUAGAUCGCUAUUCAGGAAGUUGACGAAGGAUGUCAAAGGUUAUGUGCAGAAGUGUGUUGAUAAUGGAAAGGACGUUAACCUUCAAUUUGCGAUUAAAGCAAAAACCAUUACUAGUGGUCUCAAAUAUUCACUUGCUACUGGGAACUGGGGGCAAGCAAAUGCAGCUGGGACAAGAGCUGGAGUGUCGCAGGUGUUAAAUCGUUUGACAUAUGCAUCCACAUUGUCACAUCUGCGAAGGCUGAAUUCUCCCAUAGGGCGGGAGGGGAAAUUGGCCAAACCUAGGCAGUUGCACAAUUCGCAGUGGGGAAUGAUGUGUCCCGCUGAGACACCUGAAGGGCAGGCAUGUGGACUUGUAAAGAACCUGGCGUUAAUGGUGUACAUUACAGUGGGAUCAGCUGCAUAUCCAAUCUUAGAGUUUUUAGAAGAAUGGGGUACAGAAAAUUUUGAGGAAAUUUCCCCUGCCGUUAUUCCCCAAGCCACAAAGAUUUUUGUUAAUGGCUGCUGGGUUGGCAUACAUCGUGAUCCUGAAAUGUUGGUGAGAACAUUGAGGAAACUAAGGCGGCGGGUGGAUGUCAAUACUGAAGUUGGGGUUGUCAGGGAUAUCCGUCUGAAAGAACUUCGUAUAUAUACAGACUAUGGUCGUUGCAGUCGUCCACUAUUUAUUGUGGACAAGCAAAGGCUGCUGAUAAAGAAGAAAGAUAUUCAUGCAUUGCAGCAGAGGGAAAACCCUGAAGAUGGCGGUUGGCAUGAUCUUGUAGCAAAAGGAUUCAUCGAAUAUAUUGACACUGAAGAAGAGGAGACCACUAUGAUUUCAAUGACAAUUAAUGAUCUUGUGCAAGCAAGGCUCAAUCCCGAGGAGGCAUAUUCUGAUACAUAUACCCAUUGUGAAAUUCACCCGUCACUUAUAUUGGGUGUUUGUGCUUCAAUUAUACCAUUUCCUGAUCAUAAUCAGUCUCCACGUAAUACAUAUCAAUCUGCCAUGGGAAAGCAAGCUAUGGGAAUUUAUGUCACCAACUAUCAGUUCCGAAUGGAUACACUGGCUUAUGUUCUUUACUACCCUCAAAAGCCACUUGUCACUACGCGAGCCAUGGAGCAUCUUCACUUCAGGCAACUUCCGGCCGGAAUUAAUGCCAUUGUUGCCAUUUCUUGCUAUUCUGGUUAUAACCAGGAAGAUUCUGUCAUUAUGAAUCAAUCCUCUAUUGAUCGUGGUUUUUUCCGGUCACUGUUCUUCCGCUCCUAUAGGGAUGAAGAGAAAAAGAUGGGGACCCUAGUCAAAGAAGAUUUUGGGCGUCCUGACAGAGCGAAUACGAUGGGUAUGCGGCAUGGAUCUUAUGAUAAAUUGGAAGAUGAUGGUCUUGCGCCUCCUGGAACCAGGGUUUCAGGUGAAGAUGUUAUCAUAGGGAAGACCACUCCCAUUGCUCCGGAGGAGGCUCAGGGGCAAGCUGCUUCACGUUACUCACGACGUGAUCAUAGCAUAAGCUUACGGCACAGUGAAACGGGGAUUGUGGACCAGGUCCUGUUGACUACCAAUGCUGAUGGGUUGAGGUUUGUGAAAGUAAGGGUGAGGUCUGUUCGAAUUCCACAGAUUGGAGAUAAAUUUAGUAGUAGACAUGGACAGAAAGGGACGGUGGGCAUGACAUAUACACAAGAAGACAUGCCAUGGACUGUAGAAGGAGUCACCCCUGAUAUUAUUGUAAACCCUCAUGCCAUUCCUUCCCGAAUGACCAUCGGUCAGCUUAUUGAGUGUAUCAUGGGUAAGGUUGCAGCACACAUGGGAAAGGAAGGAGAUGCAACUCCUUUUACGGAUGUGACUGUGGACAAUAUUAGUAAAGCCCUUCACAAAUGUGGGUAUCAAAUGCGGGGAUUUGAGACCAUGUAUAAUGGUCACACCGGCCGGCGACUGAGUGCAAUGAUUUUCCUUGGCCCUACAUAUUACCAGAGAUUGAAGCAUAUGGUCGACGAUAAGAUCCAUUCACGUGGUCGUGGUCCUGUGCAGAUCCUUACAAGGCAGCCUGCUGAGGGACGAUCUCGUGAUGGUGGUUUACGAUUUGGAGAGAUGGAACGAGAUUGCAUGAUUGCACAUGGUGCUGCUCAUUUUCUUAAGGAGAGACUCUUUGAUCAGAGUGAUGCCUAUAGGGUUCAUGUCUGUGAGCGUUGUGGUUUAAUAGCUAUUGCAAAUCUCAAGAAGAAUUCAUUCGAGUGCAGAGGUUGCAAGAACAAAACUGAUAUUGUUCAGGUUCACAUUCCUUAUGCCUGCAAGCUGCUUUUCCAAGAGCUUAUGGCUAUGGCUAUAGCACCAAGAAUGCUCACAAAGGAUGUGAAGCCUACCAAAGAGAAGAAGAAAUGAUAUGCCUACAUAUAAAAUAAUUCAAUCAUGGAUAUAUGCUGUUCAAAUUGAAAGAGAAAAGAGUGCUUUGGAUGAGUUGUAGGAAGACCAACUUCGUCUACUUUCUUCUAUUAUGAGCGUGAAUCCUGUUCUGGUAAUCUGUUGAAAUUGUA